GAGAAGCCAUCUCUGUGUCUUGUUCUCUUCCCUCACCAAAGAGAGAAGGGAAUGGCAACGGCAAUGGCGUUGGUGGUGGUGUUCCUGCUCGCUGCCAGCGUGGGGUUGUCGGAGAGUGCGGUGUACAAGGUGGGAGAUUCUGCAGGAUGGACCCUCUUGGGGAACCCAAACUACACCGCCUGGGCCUUGUCCAAGAACUUCCAAGUAGGAGACACCAUUGUGUUCGAGUACAAUAAGGAGUAUCAUAAUGUGGUUGAGGUGAAAAAACAUGACUACGAUUGCUGCGGUGAAAAAUCUCCUAUUGCCACCUAUGCCACCGGCAAUGACUCCAUCACCCUCAAGACCAAAGGUCACCACUACUUCCUCUGUGGCAUCCCUGGGCACUGCACUGCUGGCCAGAAGGUGGACAUCAAAGUCUCCUCCUGUGCUGCCCCUGCGACCUCCCCCUCUCCCUCGCCUCCUUCCAUCUCUCCUGCUACUCCCCCCUCUUCCGGUGGUGGUGGUGGUGCUGGUGGUGCUGGUGGAGGUGUCUCCACCCCGGGAGCUGCCCCUGGAGCUAGUACUGGUACAAGAGCUGUUCCUGGGGGCAUUGCUCUUCUUCUUGCUGUGUUUUCAUGCGCGGCUAUAUAUGGUGGCCUUGUUUGGCAUUAUUAGUUGAGUUAUCAGAAGAAAUAAGAUACGAUUGUUUCGACAAUAAACGAUAUGCAUGGCAUCUGAUUAGUAGGAAUG